GCGUCUAUUGUUUGGGGAAAAAAGCUGUCGCAAUGCAUUAUGGGGAGUGUAGUUUAUUAAGGCGAUCGUGCCGCUAAGGUGUUUAUUGACAAAACUACAACACCCAUACAGCACUUCGCUUACUAACUUAACGGUUUGGUUAAAGCUACGCUGGGAGUUGUACAGGUCGAGAGCUCAGUGUUGAGACCCAGAGCAAAAGGGGAAGAAAGGAAAAAGGUCUCUUUGAAGCAGCAGCUGAGAGGAGGAGGGUUACAGCGUUCAUCAUGGCGAUGUUCCGCAGUUUUGUUUCAGCUGCCCAGCUCAGACAGCCUCAUCCCCAGCCCCAGCUGCAACACGGAGAGAGUCUGGAGAGCCAGUUUUCCUGCCCCAUCUGCCUGGAGGUUUAUCACAAACCCGUCAGCAUCGCCAGCUGCGCUCAUACGUUCUGUGGAGAUUGCCUUCAGCCGUGUCUGCAGGUGACGUCUCCUCUCUGUCCCCUGUGUCGCAUGCCCUUCGACCCCAAGAAAGUGGACAAAUCAUCCAGUGUGGAGAAACAGCUCUCCUCUUAUAAAGCACCAUGUAGAGGGUGCAGCAAAAAAAUCACGCUGGUCAAAAUGAGGUCACACAUCUCAUCUUGCACAAAGGUGCAGGAACAGAUGGCCAACUGCCCAAAGUUCAUGCCUGUGGUUCCCACAUCACAGCCCAUACCCAGCAAUAUUCCAAACCGAUCCACAUUUGUGUGCCCGUAUUGUGGAGCGCGAAAUCUGGACCAACAAGAGUUGGUUAAACACUGUAUGGAAAACCACCGCAACGACCCCAACAAAGUGGUUUGUCCUGUGUGUUCAGCCAUGCCCUGGGGUGACCCCAGCUACAAGAGCUCCAAUUUCUUGCAGCACCUCCUGCACCGGCACAAGUUUUCCUAUGACACAUUUGUGGACUACAGCAUUGAUGAGGAGGCCGCACUGCAGGCAGCACUGGCCCUCUCUCUCUCUGAGAAUUAAGAGUUCAUCCAAGUAGCCUUCACUGUUCACCACCAUAAUCAAUCACCAUCACUCACCCCAACCUUUUUAUCCAAUCAGUUGUCUCUGUGACUCCUUCAUGCUGCAGACAAGAACAUAAAGGAGUGUCAUUUCCAUCCUAUUUUUCCCACUCCACACUUCACCAGGUAGCUGCACGGCUGGUUCUGUACCUGGUGUUACAGCCACAAGACCACCACACUUUUCUGCCCACAAUUCCACUCUUCCUUCACUGAUGGAGGUGGAGCACACAAUCAUUCAUAACUGCUGCAAUCAAUAACAACAGCAUUCUUGGUGUAUCUCGCGUCUAUGGUGAAUAACACUGCAAGCUUCGAUCGACAUUCGAGAGGAAAAGAACGAAACUGCAUUUCACCAUCAGAUUUUUUUCCAUCAAUUCUGUUUUUCUCUCUCUUUCUUUCUUCAAACAUGGACAGAUGGCAGUGUAAGUAGGAAAAGCCGUCAUACAGACCACAGUGGAACGGAUGAGAGCAUUAUUCCAGGCUUGGAUGAUGAAAGUCCUUGUGUCUACCCCAUUAUUGCCAUGGUGACCUUGUAAAUGAUGGACACCUCAGAAACAGAGUCUCUUGUUGGGUAAAUAUGAGAGAGAGCGAGAAAGAGAGAGAGAGAGAGCUCCAUUACUUUACUGUAAGCAGAAGGAAGCUGAGAUGAAUGAUGAUAGUACCUACCUUGUGGGAAUGACUCAGCUUUAGGCAAUACUUCUACAGCAGAGAGAAAUGAUCCAGUGUUCACACCAUCACUGCUAUCACGACUUGACCAUCGCUAAAAACAUCCCCUUUAUUUUUAUUUCUUUUACUCUUUUUUUUUCUUUUGUAAAUUUAGCUUGUCACGAACACUCAUGAUUUUCUACAUGACAGAAGUCUAGUUCUAAUGUUCUUUUAUAGUUCUCUGAUGGGAUGCUAGUACUGCUUUUAUUUUCACCCUGUUCUUUAAUGGUUUACCUUGCUACAAUAAUAUUUUUUACAAAGCAUCAGAUCAGAAGAAUAUCUAUUUUUGGAAAAAUGUUUCCUUUAAAAUGGUGCACUAAUACUGAGAAAGUGAAACUUGUGCCGAUUUGUUUGAACUUCUUAUAUAUAUCUUGGAGGUUGGGGAAUAGACCACAAGGCCACGGAGGGGACGUACAAUUAAAGCUCGACCACUAGGUGGCGGCAUGUGUUAGUUCCAUGGGAAGGCUGGCAUGAACCAUAGUCAUUCUGAACCCAGUUUCAUGCCAUACUUGGAUGAUGUGUGUAGUAGAUUUCAUGCCCAAGGUUUCUGACUAGCAGGGAGUCAUUACGUGGCUCUGAAUAUCAGACUGAGAUAUACUAUAUUGUAUGAGUAUGUUACUCUCAUAAUGAUGGAUAUUAUAUUGAAUUGAGUGAGGCAGUGAGUUAUUGUCUAUGGCAGUUCUGACUUUCAUUCCCUCAGCAGAUGGAAGCAGACCGUAAUCCAAACACAGAGGAGUUGAUGGUUAAAAGACUUAAUUCAGAAGCCCAGCCGUGGCUCACUUUGCUUUGAACAUUUUUGGUAAGCUACCACUUGCGACAAAUUGAAAACUGCCUGAAGGCAAAUUCGGUUAAAAAAUAGUUCAACUGAAAUGAACGACAUAGUUUUCUCAGACUGACAGUGAAGCUAACAUGAGCACUGAAGGCAAUUAGAAAAAAAUCUGUCACUGGCAGUCGCUGUGUUUCAUCAGAUCCUUUUGUUUUAUAUCUGUAAUAUAUUUCAUUUACUUUUGAUUAUUCAAAACUUUUAUCCUGAGCGUUCAUCACAAUCAUUUUGUAUUGUUUGUAUCUUCAAUUGAUGGUGAAGUUCUGAAAUCAGGUUUUUUUCCUUGACCAUUUUGGCAGCAUGGCUGCAUGCAGAGAGAAUGAAUGACUCACUGAGAAGGUGACUCCAAACGCUGGCAGUGAAAGUCAGGUGACGAGAUUCAGUUUUAGAUUUGAUUUCUUACAAACACUUUCCGAUCAUUAUGUGCAUAAUCAUGGUUAUUUUCCUUUUGUAAAGUUUAUUCUUUUAAAAAAAAAAAAAAAAGGAAACGCUUGAUUAGAUGAUUCUCCUUGAUGUCUCCUUGUCCUCCAUCUUGUGUGUCGAUUACUCCUAACUGUGUGUAAUAUGAAGUUGUGCAACAAAACACAUGGGGAAAAAAAUACACCUGUCUUCAUGUGCUGGAGUCUUUGUAUAAGCAGAACUGCUUAUAAGAGGCGGUUUAACGGAAAGAAUUGAAACUUGUACAUUUGAAUAGUCAGAUUGUGAGUGUUUACCUCGUUAUUCUCGCUGGGUUUCAACCCUGAUUCAUGUGAAAUCAUCGUUACAGAUCCAGCAAAGUUAAAAUGUUGCACUUUGGUUCUAAUCACUAGGGAUUUUAUCCUAGUAUUAUAAUUUGCCUUUGUACUGUAAAGUAGGCAUGUGCCGAUCAAUAUACUGUAGUGUAGUUAUGGGGGCACUUUAAAUAAAUAGGAAAUCUUGUCACUGCUCAUGUGUUCUGUAUGAAAGGAGGCUCUUGAAGUAGGAAGCAGUUUAAACACACUUGAGAGAAUGUUUCCGUAGUGGUCACAAUGCUAAAGAGUUUAGACACAGAGUGACAGAAAAAGCAGUGAGCAUUAAUAUAGAUGCUGUUGCAUUUGCAGAAUAUCUCAUUCAUGCGGAAUAAAUGUGCACUGAAUGACGUAACUAUGCUUGCUCCGAAAGUUUGGAAAAUGUUGGAAAAUAUCUGCAAUGCUGCAAUAAAUCAACCUGAUUACGGCUGCAUGACUUGUAUAGAAGUAACGUACAGUGGAUAUAAGUCAACACACCCCUGUUAAAACUGCAAAAUAAAGAUGAUAUGGCUACAAAAAUAAAUUCAAGUGAAAAAACAAAUGUGGAAACAAAAGAAAAAAAAAUAUUGCAAAAGUAUGCACACUCUUAAAAUAAGGCAUGUGACUGUGCUCAGGAUUAACAAUAACGUUAAUUAAGGUGAUGACUUAAAUAUCGUUCGGCUAUUAAUUAAUAAACUGAUUCUGAUUAGAACCAGAUAGAGUCCUGCUGUUUAUGUAGGAUCUUCUUGACAUUAUGUUGUCUUCAUCCGAAUGCUGAAGCCAUGGUCUGCGCUUAAAUUGAGCAUGUACGGGAUCUCCUUUUAGAAAGGUAUCGAUCAGGUCCGGGGUCCAUGGAACUGACAAGUGAUGGGGCUCUACAGAAACAUCACCCAGAACAAGACAUCCCUCGAAAACAGGUGAAAUUACAAGCGGAAAACAUGCUAAACGACGUAAAACAACGUCAAAGGAGUAAUGGUCACUCUCUUCAUGUGGCAGGAGUCUCGUCUGUUCUUCACAUGUCUGGGUUAUGAGUAGAUGGAAGCUCUAACUGCUGGGGAUAAAAAAACAUUUAACUGUCUAAUGAGACCAAAGUAGAACUUUAUGGCCAUCGUUCUAAAAGAUUUGUUUAGCACAAAAACAAAGAACGCCACAGUGAAGCAUGGUGGUGUCAGCAUCAUACUAAUGGUCUGCUUCUUUUCAGCUGGGACUGGUGCAUUAGCCAAGAUAAAGGAAAUCAUCUAUUUUAGCACAAAACCUGCAGGUCUCUCAUAGACAGCUUAACAAAAAUGUACAGGUGAACCCCUCAAUAUGUGAUAGAGCUGGGGCAUUUUUAAAAAGAAAGAGAGGAAUAUAAUGGACAGAUUCAGAUGUGCUAUGUUGGUAUUACAAGAUGCUUUAACAAAGUAUUAGUUACGGGGUGUGUAUACUUAUGUAACCAACUUGCUGGGUUUUUUUUGUUUGUUUGUUUAUUUUUUCUUUUUUUCUCUCUGACCAACACACAUCCCUUUCUUUUUUCUUUUCCAUCAUAAAGCACUGUAACACGGGUGUGUGGACGUCCAUAGAUAAGCUAGUAAGCUUUAAUUUAGGGAUUGCAGCUGCAGUAUUGUCCCCCAGGUGGCGUCACUAAUGAUGAGAAGAGGUAAAGGUUAUAUUUAGUCACGUUUAUAAUCUUUCUAUAAUACAGUAAGAGGUUAUGGGAUGUGGUGAAGCAGUUAUGGGAAUGAAAACAUCACAUCGGCACAUGCCUACUGCCAAGUGUACUUUGUAACGGUCACAAAAGAUUACAUUUUGGAGAAUGAUAUUUUUUGUGACAUUUCUAGAUGACGAAUAACGGCUAAUAAUAAUGGAUAAUAAUAAUAAUAAUAAUAAUAAUAAUAAUAAUAAUGCCAGCUGUAUUUGGUGUAUUUGUGUUCAGUAACGUGUUUCGUUGGCUUUAUAAGGGUGUUAAUAAGGAUUGUAAGGCUUUUUAAAGCUGCGGGUGGUCUGACUGUUGUAUGAGAUGUAUCAUGAUCUCAUAAUUAAACACAGAGAGAAGAGAGUAUCUGGACUGAAAAUGACGUUCCUUUCGCUGUUCAAACUCAGCAACGACCUGCGACUGCGUGAACCAUUUCCCCCAAAUUUUUUUACUUACUUACUAUCAAUGCUAUUUUCUAAGUGUUUGUAAUAUACCAUGUGCAAAUAAUCUUCAUGUUCACUGCUGUAGCAUAACACGUAGGUUUUUAAACUUUUUUAUAUAUGGCAUUUUUUUUUCUUUCCCACCGGCUCCCUUUGAGAACAAUACAAAGCAGAUCAUUUCCAUACGUCUGCGUCUCCCGCAUUGUGGGCCCAAGCAUGAGCUGGAGAAAUGAAUCACUCAGCAUCUCUAUGUGGGGCUUGACGUGGAGAAAUAAGGACUAUAUGGAUUCUAAUGGAUCUAUGAGGACACAUGGCUUCUUGCACAGCAGAGACUCAUUGUUUUCCUGUAGCUGUUAGUAGGAGCUUGCUUGCGGAGACAAACAGAAGGACAUCUCACAUCUUGGCGGAUCCAUCACUGAUCCAGUGACUGCAAGUUGUGCCUGUGUGCCCGGGUGUGUAUACGGGUGCGCGCGUGAGCUGUCUCAAUGGAAAUAUGCAUUCAUGACAUAAUAAUGAUAACAGUAAUAAUGAUGAUGCUAACACCAGUGUGGAGUUUUGAAGCUGUAACGCUGUUUGAGGUUUAAUAGUUUACUUAUAUGAUGAUAUGAUGUAUUUGUAGCAGUUUUUCCCCCCUCAAUAAAACCACAGACCCAUCA